AUGGAGGUGAUGAAGAAGAUGACCCGUGAGAAAACCCUCUCACUCUCAUCAUCUGCGCUUUGUACUCUCCAUCUUCUGUUUUGCAUAAUUUCCACUUCCUUUGUAUCAUCAUCAGCUACUCUCUACUCAAAUGAAACCGAUAGAAUUGCCCUUUUAGAGUUUAAACACCGGAUUUCUGAUGAUCCACAUGGAGUAGUUCUUAACUCCUGGAAUGACUCUUUGCACCAUUGUUCUUGGCAAGGAGUUAGUUGUGGCCGCAAACACCAAAGAGUUGUGGAGCUGAGGCUUCCUGAUAUGGGCUUGGUGGGAACCCUAUCUCCUCGCAUUGGAAACCUCACAUUCCUCAAGGUUCUUGAGCUUGGUGGGAAUGGAUUUUCCGGUGAAAUUCCGGGAGAAAUUGGUUCUUUGUUUCGUCUAAGGUACCUUAACCUAUCCAUCAAUUCACUGACAGGAGAGCUAGUUAAGGUUAACCUUAGCAACUGCUCAAAUCUCUGGUUUCUGGACAUUUCUAUAAAUGCCCUUCAAGGGAAGAUCCCACAAGACUUAGCCAAACUGAAGAAGUUUCGAGCACUUUUCAUGGGUACAAACCAAUUGAGAGGUAGAAUCCCUGCGGCUUUAGGGAACCUUUCAUCGCUUCAAGUAUUGGGCAUGGAAGAUAAUGAUUUGGAGGGGAGUUUUCCUCAGGAGAUUGCAAGGGGGUGUUGGGAUUUAAAAAUCUUUUCACUUGGUAGCAAUAACCUAACUGGUAAGCUAUCUUCUUCUUUGUUUAAUAUCACUUCCAUGAUGAAGAUUUCAGUGACUGAUAACUCAUUUGAAGGGACCAUUCCAAGCUACAUAGGAGACAGCAUGCCAAAUUUGGAAGUUUUUUAUUUUGAUGGCAACAAAUUCCAUGGUUCCAUACCCAUUUCAUUUCCCAAUGCCUCUAAGCUACAAAUGCUUGAUGUUUCAAACAACUAUUUGGUAGGUAAAGUUCCACAUAACAUUGGGAAGUUAAAAGAUCUUAAGAAUUUGAACCUUGAGUACAAUUUGCUUGGUGGGAAUGACUUAGCUUUUAUAACCUCUCUAUCAAAUUGUAGUGAUUUAGAUUCCUUUUCAAUUAGGGGUAAUAGAUUUGAAAGUAAGCUGCCAAAUAGCAUAGCUAACCUCUCUUCCAAACUCACUUUUUUAACUUUAGGAGAUAAUAAGUUUGUUGGAACAAUACCGAUAGGAAUAAAAAAUCUAGCUAGCUUGAUCUUUUUGGGCGUAGAUAGUAACCUUUUAUCAGGUGUUAUUCCUAGCGAGAUUGGUAAGUUGCAAAAGCUACAAGGUUUGUGGUUAUACCGAAAUCAAUUCUUGGGAAAAAUACCAUCUACUCUGUAUAACCUCACCUCUUUAGCUGAACUUGAUAUUCAUAGCAACAAUUUAGAGGGCAAAAUACCUUCAAACGUGGAAAACUUUUGGAAUUUGUAUUUUUUGGAUUUGUCACAUAACAAAUUCAAUGGCAUAAUUCCACAAGAAGUUUUCAAUUUGCCAUCUUUGUCUAACGCCGUUGACCUCUCCAGUAAUUCAUUUAUUGGUCCAUUAUCUCCUGCCCUAGGGAAAUUGAAAACACUAAAUGAGUUACACAUUUCUGGAAACAAAUUAUCGGGCAAAAUUCCAGAAACAAUUGGAGAUUGUUUGAGCCUCGAAUAUCUUGAUAUGCAUGCUAAUCUUUUUGAAGGAAAAAUCCCACAUUCUUUUGUUUCCCUAAAAAGUAUGAGGCAUUUGGACAUCUCAAACAACAAGUUAACUGGAGAGAUACCGAGAGAAUUCCAAAAGCUCCCUCUAUUGCAAUAUUUAAACCUUUCUUUCAAUGAUCUUGAGGGGGAGUCAUUUCCUUUCUAA